UUUGCAAACCCUAAAUGCGGUGAGCACAAGCUGACCAGAAAGAAAGGGCCCGCCAUUGUGGGGCCAUUGUUUGCCUUCGUUAAAACAUUGCUCAACGAACAACAUGUCUUUCUACUUGUAGGUAAGUAGACGCUUCAUGCUACUGAUUCCUUCCUUUAGCUGCAGAGAUGAGUGGCACUCUGGUGUACCCGCCAUCUACCAACAUUCUGUCUCAAUCUUACAUUGCAUCUGCAGCAUUCACAAAGUAUUUGUCAAAGGACGUCCCGCCCUUCCAUGGCUGCCUUCUCUCAAGGACCCAGCCCCAUCUUCAAUCAUUAUGGAGGUUCAAACCCUUCUGCUUGUAUGUUAGCUGUCGAGAACGACGGAAAGGAGUCUCAAGAGAUGCCAUCCCAGGACAUUUUAGCAAAUUGAGCCGGGUUCCCCAAUAUAAUCAGCCAGCAAAGAGACACCCUCCGGCUGAGCCAAGUUCCAAAGAAGUAUGUCUUUGCAAACCAAUCAGGCCCACGCAGCUGCACGCAGUAACCCCCACCAAUGCUCAGUCUAGUGGCACAAAGUUUGCAAUUAGUCAUGAUGGCCUACCUACUGAUGGCGUAAGUGCUGCUAUUCCUGCAGCGGCACCCGUAAGCUGUAAGAGCCAUAGAGCAAGCAACAUCAGCUAUGGUAUGCCAGCUGCAGAUGCUAGAUCCUGUUUGUCUUUAGGUACAUCAGGCCCCCCUCCUAAGCCCCCACCUUUGCCCCGACCAAAGCUGCAGUCCAAUACGGACCUUUCUGGCCCCCCCUCCGCUGGUGACAGAAGCGCCCCAACCGGCCCCUUUCAAACCGACUUAGUACAAGAGCUCAGAAAAGUUGCGUCGCUCAGAAGAAGAGGCUCCGACUUGGACCAGUGCAUCAGUCAAAUUCUUGCCCGGCACCUACCAAAGACCUCGAGAGGGUGGACAAAGGCCUUGGAGCGGAUAGGGCGUUUGCCUCAGGGGGGUCCAGACUUAGCAGUAAGAGUGCUAGCGUGGUUGGCGGAGAACACAGAAGAACGGGUGACUGAGAAGCAGUGCUCAAACAUUCUGGCAGCUGCGAGUCGGAGCGGCAGCACUGACGUCGUGGAGCGUGUGUUUGAGCUGAUGGAACGACGCCAGGUUCCUCGUACCACCCAGCACUUCAACAUGGCAUUGGCCACUUAUGUCCGCGCCCGACGCCCCUCGCACACCUUCGCACUAUUCCAACAAAUGCCGGCGGCGGGAUGCAAACCUUCCACCGUCACGUUCAACACGCUCAUCUCCGCCUGCGGCGCCGUCAAGGGGGGAGUCGACCGCAUGCGCGGGGUGCUCAGGGAGAUGACGUCAGCGGGGGUGGCUGCUGACGUCAUCACUUACAACUCCGCGCUCAAGGUGCUCGGGACGAAGGGGCUGGCAGAGGAGGCGGAGGAACUAGUAGCGAAGAUGAGGGCGGCAGGGGUGCGGCCAAGCGGGGUUACCUACUUAAUCCUGAUCGACAUGUACGGCCGGAUCAACGGGGGCCUGUCUCAGGCCGAGGCAACGUUUGAGCGGAUGCUAAAAGACCGCCACGUGUCACCCGAGACAGCUCACGUUUCCGCUAUGAUGAGCGCUUACGCGCGUGCUGGUGACUGCGACAGCACCGAGCAUCUUUUCCGGGACCUGGUGUCAAGGGGCCUGGCGGCUGACCACAUCGUAUACGUCGCCCGGCUCACUGCCCAGGGCAACGCCGGCCGCGCCGCCGGUGUCAAGUCCGUCUUUGCUGAGAUGCAGUCCGCCGAAUUGACACCAAACCUCAUUGCUUGGACCGCCCUGGUCGACGCUUUGGCGCGGUGUGGAGAAUAUUCAGAGGCCGAGAAUGCUCUCGGUAUGAUGACGUCAGCGGGAGUGAGACCCUCGGUGCGGACUUUCACGGCGCUGCUGGAUGCGUAUCUCGGUUCGGGGCGGUUUGCCGAGGGUCGGCGUCUGCUAACCCGCAUGGUUAGCGAGUUCAAGUGCCCAGCAAACGCCGCGAUCUACACCGUCCAGAUCCGGCACCUGUGCCACGUGGCAGCAGAUGAGGAGGCCGCGGAAGUCUUCCGGGCGAUGCUGAGCGCGGGGGUGCGCCCCGACCUGCACGCUUACGUCUGCAUGAUGUCAGCGCUCUGCAAACGCUUGGAAGAGGGAGGGCCCGCUUAUGGAGGCGCUCGGGCGCUUAUGGACGCGAUCGGGAGCUGCGACGCCCACGAGUUCCGGGCAACGGUUUUGCUUUUGGACUCUUCAAAGACCGUUGAGGCUUCCGGGGUUUACAAGUUGUUAGACGGGGUUGACGAGUUAACCUACCCGCAGCAGUGCGAUUUUUACAGUCAGCUCAUAGGUGCGCUUUGGCACCAACGGUUGCGAGGCCGAGCGGCGGACGUUUUGGACGAGGCUCGCCGUAGGGGGGUCUACCGCGGGGCGUUUGUAACCCGGGGGGAAGAGUGGACGGCUGACUUGCACGGGGUGUCCCCUGGGGCUGCACGGAUGAUGCUACUGGUCUGGUUUCAGGAGCUGACGGAGCUGCUUCAUUUCGCCCCGGGGGAUCCCCCUGGGGGACUUGUAGCUGGGGAGCAUGCACCACGCGUCAAAGAUCAAGUGGAUGACGGUCGGCUUGAAAGCCACUUGUCGUCGAGCGCAGCGUCGUUUACAUCGACAAAAGAGGAUGGGCCGAUAGGAGGGCGGGUGGUGUUGCCCCGGGUAGUGAGGGCAAUCACCGGGUGGGGUAAGCACAGCAAAGGGGAGGGGGAGGCGGUGGUCGGAAGAGCGGUCGGGGAUUUGCUCCGGAAACUGGGGGCGCCGUUUGAGCCUCUGAGACUCGGAAGCUAUGUGGCCAGCGGGGAUGACGUCAGAGCCUGGUUGGCUCAACCGGGCACGGCAGAGAAGAUAGCGAUGAGAGACGAACCGGAAGGGAGAAGCAGUGCGCAAGACUCCACCAAAUGUAAGGUGCUCACUGCUUACGGAAUAAGUAGCUGGGUCCGCUGGGGGGAGGCUUAG